AUGGAAAGCCACUUAUACAUUGUAGCUCCUGUCACCCAAGGCCCCGCUGCUGACGUAGCCGUGACCUUGGGUGACAGAAGCUACAAUAUAUCCUUGCUUUUAUAUGCUGCCGCCUUGGAGCUCUUCAAAUCACUGUGUGAGGAAUGUCAUAAGAAAAGGAAAAGACCAGUGACCAAGGAUGUUGUGCGUCCUAUCCUCAGCAAGAAAUUUACAUCUAGGGUUGAAUUGAUUGACAUGCAAUCAAUGCCUCACUCUAACUUUAAAUGGAUCAUGGUGUACCAAAACCAUCUCACCAAAUUCUGCAUUCUUCGUCCUCUUCAAACCAAACGUGCUGUAGAGGUUGCCUUCCAGCUUGCCUUGGAGCUCUUCAAAUCACUGUGUGAGGAAUGUCAUAAGAAAAGGAAAAGACCAGUGACCAAGGAUGUUGUGCGUCCUAUCCUCAGCAAGAAAUUUACAUCUAGGGUUGAAUUGAUUGACAUGCAAUCAAUGCCUCACUCUAACUUUAAAUGGAUCAUGGUGUACCAAAACCAUCUCACCAAAUUCUGCAUUCUUCGUCCUCUUCAAACCAAACGUGCUGUAGAGGUUGCCUUCCAGCUUGUAGAUAUCUUCCUUCUCAUGGGUGCCCCUACAUAA